AUGGGUAAAGGCACGGACAAACUAUAUAUCACCCAUUCCGAAUGGUCAUCCUCUGAUGCAUUCUCCGCGAGUAGUGGAUCAAAUGUUUCUCAAAAAGCUCCCAAUGGCUCAUUCAAGCGCCUUCCAUUCAACUUUUGUGCGGCGAGUUUACAACCAUUCAAACAUCCAGUCUGUACAGCAGAAGGUACUAUAUUCGAUAUAGAAGUUAUUUCACAAUGGCUCGAAAAGCAUGGCACAAAUCCUAUUAAUGGAAAUCCGUUGAGUGCGAAAGAUUUGAUAAAAUUGAACUUUGCGCGGAAUGGAGAUACUGAUGCGCAAGAAAGAGGAUCUGGUGGUGCUGGAGGGGAUGGUAAAGGAGAAAUGGUGGAUCCAGUUACCUUCAAAGUCUUUACAGAUAAUACACAUAUCGUCGCUAUAAGGCAUGGUACUGAGGCCAAUGUAUUUGCAUGGGAAACUGUCGAAAGAUUAAAUAUCAAAGCAAAGAUGUGGUUGGAUUUAGUCGACGAUAGAGAAUUUGGGAGGUCGGAUAUCAUAACAUUACAAGAUCCGCAAAAUAUCGAAAGUCGAGAUCUUAGCAAGUUCAAGUUUUUGAAAGAAGGAGAAUCUGUUUUGAGCAAAGAACAAGAGGAAGAGAGGUCGAAAGGUAGCGUUAAUAUUAAUGCAUUGGGCAGAGUUGGAGAUAAAGUUUUGAGGGCAAAGGAAGCUGUCGAGAAAGCUAGAAGGGAAAGGGAGGCUGGUGGAGAUGUUAAUCGCACGAAAUCAAUGAUUAAACCAGGGUCGACAACUUCUAUGGCUAAACCUUCAUUAUUACAGGAAAAGAAGAUGGCAUACAAUGCAGCACAAUAUACAACAGGAAGAGCGGCAGCAAGUUUUACAAGCACAGGCUUAACUCCAGAAACCAGUGGAGAAAGAGCAAUUCUUACGGAUGAAGAAUACAUGUUAAAGCCGAAACGAGUUAAGAUAAAGGGGUACGCUAGGAUCGAAACGAAUUUGGGAUCAUUGAAUAUUGAAUUACAAACCGAGACGGCACCUCGCGCGGUAUGGAACUUUGUUCAAUUGGCCAAAAAAAGUUACUACAAUGGUGUAUCAUUUCACAGGAAUAUCCGAAAUUUUAUGAUUCAAGGAGGUGAUCCAACAGGAACUGGUAAAGGAGGUUCAAGUAUUUGGGGAAAGAAUUUUCAAGAUGAAUUCGACGGACCUUUAACUCAUGAUUCAAGAGGUGUAAUGAGUAUGGCCAACAAGGGAAAAAACACCAACUCGAGUCAAUUCUUCAUCACCUACAAAGAAGCUAAACAUUUAGAUCGGAAACAUACCAUUUUUGGUCGUGUGGUCGGUGGUAUGGAUGUACUCUCUAAACUCGAAAAGGUGGAAGUAGACGAUAAAAGUCGUCCUAUAAAAGAUAUCGUCAUGGAGAAUGUGGUAGUGUUCGUUGAUCCAUUUGAAGAAUUCCAAAAACAGAAGCAGGAGAAAGAUGUUGCGGAGAAGGAAAAAGCGGAAAUUAUGAGGCAGGGAGGAACAGAAGAUGAUAAAACUACCUGGACUGGUAAACGGAUUAGGGGGGAUGGAACGGUGGUACAAAAUGAGUCGACGGGCGGAGUGGGAAAAUAUCUUAAAGCUGGUGGAACGGAUAAUGGUGUUGGUGUUGUGGAAGUAGACGAAGAGGAGGCGCCUGUUAAGAAGAAGAUAAAGUCGGGGGGAUUUGGGAAUUUUGAUGCUUGGUAG